AUGUUCUCAAAUAGUGAUGAAGCUGUAAUCAAUAAAAAACUUCCCAAAGAACUUCUAUUACGAAUAUUCUCUUUUCUGGAUGUCGUUACCUUGUGUCGCUGUGCUCAGGUCUCCAGGGCUUGGAAUGUUCUGGCCCUGGAUGGCAGCAACUGGCAGCGAAUUGACCUGUUUGAUUUCCAGAGGGAUAUUGAGGGCAGAGUCGUAGAGAAUAUUUCAAAAAGAUGUGGGGGCUUUUUACGAAAAUUGAGUCUGCGUGGGUGUCUUGGAGUAGGAGACAAUGCGUUAAGGACUUUUGCACAAAACUGUAGGAACAUUGAAGUGCUGAAUCUUAAUGGGUGUACGAAGACCACUGAUGCUACUUGUACUAGCCUUAGCAAGUUCUGUUCCAAACUCAGACACCUUGACUUAGCUUCCUGCACAUCAAUAACGAACAUGUCUCUAAAAGCUCUGAGUGAGGGCUGUCCACUGUUGGAGCAACUGAACAUUUCCUGGUGUGACCAGGUAACCAAGGAUGGCAUCCAAGCCCUAGUGAAAGGCUGUGGAGGUCUCAAGGCCCUAUUCUUAAAAGGUUGUACACAGCUAGAAGAUGAAGCACUUAAGUACAUAGGUGCACACUGUCCUGAACUUGUGACUUUGAAUUUACAGACUUGCUUGCAAAUCACAGAUGAAGGUCUCAUUACUAUAUGCAGAGGGUGCCAUAAGUUGCAGUCCCUCUGUGCCUCAGGCUGCUCCAACAUCACAGAUGCCAUCCUGAAUGCUCUAGGUCAGAACUGUCCACGGCUUAGAAUAUUGGAGGUGGCGAGAUGUUCUCAAUUAACAGAUGUGGGCUUUACCACUCUGGCCAGGAAUUGCCAUGAACUUGAAAAGAUGGAUUUGGAAGAAUGUGUUCAGAUAACAGACAGCACAUUAAUCCAACUUUCUAUACACUGUCCUCGUCUUCAAGUAUUGAGUCUUUCUCACUGUGAGCUGAUCACAGAUGAUGGAAUUCGUCACCUGGGAAAUGGGGCCUGUGCCCAUGACCAGCUGGAAGUGAUUGAGCUGGACAACUGCCCCCUAAUCACAGAUGCAUCUCUGGAGCACUUGAAGAGUUGUCACAGCCUCGAGCGUAUAGAACUCUAUGACUGCCAGCAAAUCACACGAGCUGGAAUCAAGAGACUCAGGACCCAUUUACCCAAUAUUAAAGUCCACGCGUACUUCGCACCUGUCACUCCACCCCCGUCAGUAGGGGGCAGCAGACAGCGCUUCUGCAGAUGCUGCAUCAUCCUAUGA